AUUUUAAUUGCUUCUCUUUAAAAGUAUCUGCCUAGAGCAGGGCCCUAGUCUAUCCUCUUGUCUGUCCUGAUUUGUGAAGUCACUUUGUUAGAAUUUGUGUUUAAAGAACAGACUGUAAAUAAAUUACAAAAAUGAUGGCAUCCCAGACUAAGAAUUGAUAUACAAAUGUAAUGGCAUCUUUUUGGCCACAUUACUAAUUUUACUUGUGUGGGAAACAUGGAUAACGAUUCAAACUUGCAGGAAUGCUCAUUUGUCAUAAACUAGUUUUUAUUACCUACCAUAUGCUAGGAAUGUUUCAAGACUUAUGAUGGGACAGGCAUUAUUAUGAGAACAAAUAAGAAUUCCAGUUAAUAAGUGCUAUGAGAAAAAUGAAAUAGGCUGGUGAAAUAUAGGCUAACCACUAAAGGUCUCCUUUUGCCACAGUGGUUGGUCAGGGAAGGCCUUUUGGAAGCAGAAACAUUUGAACUGAGACCUGAAUGAUGAGAGGAGGAUAUGGCCUUGGGGAUUCUGGGGAAAGAUUUUCAAGUAGAAGGGACAGCAAAUGAAAAGAGACUAAAGUGGGAAUGACCUUGCCUUGUUGUCUGAGACAGAAAGAGAGCCAUUGUUCAGUUUGUUGUCCUCAGGGAGAGUUACAUAGGGAUGUAAUAGCAUGUCAUGGAAGGCAAGCUAAGGAGGCUGGGUUAUAUUGUAAUUGCUUUAGGGGCCUAGUGGAAGGGUCAGUUAAGAGUAUGUAAUCUGAUCUGUUGGUUAGAUAGACUCACUUAAUGUGAAUCGUCAACUAUUUUGUGGUUCCUACAAUGUUUGGAAUAUAAAUUGCCAGAGUUGCUUGUUUUAGAAUAGAUGCUUCAUUUUAACUUAAAACAUUGUCUAUUUACUGCUUUUUAAAUGUGUUGUAAACUUUUUGUAGGCUCAGUCAUGCAGGAAAACCUCAGAUUUGCUUCAUCAGGAGAUGAUAUUAAAAUAUGGGAUGCUUCAUUUAUGACAUUGGUGGAUAAAUUCAACCCUCACACGUCACCACAUGGAAUCAGUUCAAUUUGUUGGAGCAGUAAUAAUAAUUUUCUAGUGACAGCAUCUUCUGGUGGUGACAAAAUAGUUGUUUCAAGUUGCAAGUGUAAACCUGUUCCACUUUUGGAACUUGCUGAAGGGCAAAAGCAGACAUGUGUCGAUUUAAAUUCCACAUCUAUGUAUUUGGUAAGCGGAGGCCUAAAUAGCACUGUUAAUAUUUGGGAUUUAAAAUCUAAAAGACUUCAUCGGUCUCUUAAGGAUCAUAAAAACGAAGUAACUUGUGUAACAUACAAUUGGAAUGAUUGCUACAUUGCUUCUGGAUCUCUAAGUGGUGAAAUUAUUUUGCACAGUGUAACCACUAACAUAUCUGGUACUCCUUUUGGCCAUGGUAGUAAUCAGUCUGUUCGGCACUUGAAGUACUCCUUAUUUAAGAAAUCAUUACUGGGCAGCGUUUCAGAUAAUGGAAUAGUAACUCUCUGGGAUGUGAAUAGUCAGAGUCCACAUCAUAACUUCGAUAGCACACAUAAAGCUCCAGCUUCAGGCAUCUGUUUCUCUCCUGUCAAUGAAUUGCUGUUUGUAACCAUAGGAUUGGACAAAAGGAUCAUCCUCUAUGAUACCUCAAGUAAGAAGCUAGUGAAAACUUUGGUGGCAGAGGCGCCUCUCACUGCAGUGGAUUUUAUGCCUGAUGGAGCCACUUUGGCUAUUGGAUCUUCCCGUGGGAAAAUAUAUCAGUAUGAUUUAAGGAUGCUAAAAUCCCCAGUGAAAACCAUCAAUGCUCACAAGACAUCUGUGCAGUGUAUAGCAUUUCAGUACUCCACUGCUCUUACUAAGUCCAGUUCAAAUAAAGGCUGUUCAAAUAAGGCCACAGCAGUGAACAAGCGAACCGGCAAUGUGAGCACUGGUGGAGGGCUUCAGAACUCGGGAAUUGUCAGAGAAGCAGCCACCACUUCUGUUGCCACAGUUCCACCACAGCCUUUGGCACCAGCUGUGGGGAAAGGAACAGGUGCCAUUCAGAACAAAGCAGGUUUGUUACGAAGCAUAAACACUGAUAUUUUAUCUAAGGAAACAGAUGGUGGAAAAAGUCAGGAUUUCUCCAGCUUUGAGGAUACUGGCAAGAGUAGUUUAGGUGACAUGUUCUCACCUAUCAGAGAUGAUGCUGUAGUUAACAAGGGAAGUGAUGAAUCUGUAGGCAAAGGAGAUGGACUUGACUUUCUACCACAGUUGAAUUCAGUGUUUCCGCCAAGAAAAACUCCAGUAACUUCCAGCACUUUGGCAUUGCACUCUAGUCCUCUUACUGUUUUCAUGGGAUCACCAGGGAAAGAAGAAAAUGAAAAUCUUGAUCUGACAACUGAGUCUAAGAAGACAUAUCUGGGAAAACCAGAACCUAAAGACUCCUUUAAACAGUUUACCAGGUUGAUCUCCUCUGGUGGUGAACCUGGAAAUCUAAGUACCUCUCUAUCAACUAACCAAACAAGAAACUUUGAGAAAUUUGAAAAGCCAGAAAAAGAAAUUGAAUCCCAGUUAAUAUAUGAACCCCCAGUCAAUGGAUCCUCAACUCCAGACCCAAAGAUAGCAUCCUCUGUCACUGCCGGAGUUGCCAGUUCACUCUCAGAAAAAAUAGUGGAUACCAUUGGAAACAAUCGGUCAAAUGCACCACUGACGUCUGUACAGAUCCGUUUUAUUCAGAACAUGAUACAAGAAACCUUGGAUGACUUUAGAGAAGCAUGCCAUAGGGACAUUAUGAAUUUGCAAGUGGAGAUGAUUAAACAGUUUCAUGUGCAGCUGAAUGAAAUGCACUCUUUGCUGGAAAGAUAUUCAGUGAAUGAAGGUUUAGUUGCUGAAAUUGAAAAACUAAGAGAAGAAAACAGAAGGCUACGGGCUCACUAUUGAAAAUUCAGUGAAUACUGAUUUUGUAAUUUGCAAAGUUUCAGGCAACAAAGAACUAUGUAGAAUCUGUAUAUUUUCAUGUCCUACAGGUGCAAACUUCUUUUUUUCAAGUAAAGGGUAAUAGAAUUAUACACCAAUCACUAUUUCAACUGUCAAAAAUAUUUAUAUUUUUAUAUUAAAAUUGUACAAUGUAUAAUCUGCCUAACAGGAAAGUCAACAGCAUCUUUAUUUUCUGAAUGCUUUAGUGCUAAACUUAAGUGCCCUUUUCAUAAGAGAAGAAAAUUGUGCAUAUGAAAAACCUAUGUACAAUCACAUUUUUAAACAGAUAUAUUUUUGAUUGACAAAUUGCCUUCUAAAUUUUUUUAGGUAAAGUUUAAAAAAUUUGAUAUGUUUUCUAUUUUUAUGGAGAAAGUAAUUUUAAAAUGGUAAUUGUUUUUGUAAGCUACUGACUAAUAAGAUCAGAUUGGCUAGUAGUUAUUUUGUUUACUUAAUAACAUCAAGUAUGACUAUUAUUUAUUACUUGUAUAUGUGAUAAUAUUUGAAAUGUUAAAUUGUACAUUGUAUCUUUUGCACUUAUGGUACUCUAUUGUAGUUCUUAUAGCUCUUACUGGUUGAUAUUGCAUUAGCUAACUACCUGAAAAACUCAAGGGUUCAUAAGACAUACUGAGAGCGUAUUAUAUAUCUUUCUGCUGAUUGUCUCAUGUACUAGCAAAUGAGCAAAAUCAUACUACAAAGUUUUAAUCAUAAUGAAAAUUUCUUAUUAGACACUAAAGAUUACAGUAUUAUUAUCCUUUUUCCCCCAAGUACGAAAUAUGGAUUAUUUUGCUCUAUUAUCUGUAUUAUUUUUUCUCUUCAGGUGCUAUGAAGAACAUUUUAUAUUAUUGCCUUGCCUUGAGAUUAUUUAUAGAGGUUCAUCAUGAAAAGAAUUUAUACCUCUUCAUCAAUACUUUGACAUAUAUAUUUGCCUAUUGUGAUCUAUGCUUUUAGUGGUCUAAAAUUAGGAGGGCUGUUCAUCUGUUUAUAUUCUUGCUGCCUCUUGCCCAGAGAUUUAAUCUGUGUACCUUUUAUAUAGCUCCACAGUUCAUUUUGGCUUUUUGGGUGGAAAUAUUUACUAAAGAUUGAAAACA